UUUUGCUUAAAUCUCUGAAUUUCAAUACUGUGGUUUGAGUUAGAAUUCAUUUCUGAAACUAUUUUACUUUUGAUUUCUGCCAACCAUUGACUCUCUUGUAGUUUAUUUGUGUGCAGAAAUCUUGAUAAAACAUCUAGGAGUUCAAUUUAUUUUCCAACAGAAUUGGGGGGUAUUCUGAUUGUGUUGAAUUCUUGAUUUCCCUUUCUAAACUAUGUGAUUUGGAUCCUUCAUUUGUCUUGAUAACAAAAGGAUUCGCUCGAAUACGUUAGACAUGGGUAAAGGGUACUUUGUACAAACUCUUCAAAAUCUACUCAAAAUUAGCAAAACAUUGCGCGUACCAAGACCAGAUGCUUACACAUAUCCGUAUCGGAUACUUAUAAGUAGUCCAUGUAACAUAGGUUCUUAAUGUAGAAAUGUACUUCGUUGGGAGCUUAUAUUUUAAGUUGCUAUUGGUGCAAGUUGAAUUCUUGCUCAAUGUGGCAUUGAUAUGAUUCUUUGUGGAGCAAAGGCUGCACAAAAAAUGAUGAUUUGAUAAUACAAGAACAACAACAUAGCCACUGUAAUCCCACAAGUAGGGUCUAGAGAAGGUAGAGUGUACGCAAACCUUACUCCUACCGUGGGAGUAGACAAUUUGAUAAUGACUGAUCUAUAUUCAUGUUGCUCUGAUCUUUCUAAUAUUACAAGUUCCUUCGUGGAACUAAUGUUGCUUGGCUGCUCAUUCAUGCUCUUGUUACAAUUAUGGAUUCACGUAAGUUGUAUGAUAGCACUUCCUUUAUCUGCGAUUCACUAAGAAAAGGCUUGAAGUUUCAUCUCAUAGUUUCUUUAUCCCAUGAACCGAGUUUCUUGUUUCCAGCUCCUGCUUGGGCUUUUCCCGACAUUGUGAUAGUUGGCGCAUUUUGACUAUUUUUUAGGUUGCCUUUGAAUUGGAUAAACUCUCCAACGAUGAUAUUUCUUAAAUUAAUCUUGGAUAUGGGAAAUGCUUUUUCGCCUGAUCUUGACUUGUGUGGCAAAUUAUUCAUGCACACAAAGGUGAUAGCCUGGUUUGGACUGUAAAAUGGCCAUGAGUUCAAGUAGGUUUACAGGAGGUUGUUAAAGAUGUCAUAUUGCCCCUUGGGUUGCGGCUCUUCCCCUACGUUGCGUGAAUGUGAUGCUUCGUGCACGAGGCUGCCCUUUUAUUGUUCUUUGAAGUAUUAAUCUUUAAGCUUGGCUUUUUAAGUCAUUCAAUGCAUGACUUCUGAUGGAAAAUUCUAAGGAGUUCGUUGCUCCUUUAUUUUAUUCUACUCUUAGCUCAGUUGUUGAGUGGAUGACUUUCUUUUGCUCAUCUGGUUGCUCCACUCAAUAACAGCUUCCUCAGUUUUCUUUAUCCGUCUACUUUAGCUGCCAGUAUACUUUUACCUUCUGCCAUUGAAAACUUGAGAAAGAAAGCUGGUAUAUCAUUUCACUGAUUUGCAUACAAAGUGACCAUCAUUGGCCAAUUUUACUGCGUUCUAUGUUUCCUGAAAGAUGUAUACUCUCUUUCCAUGCUCCUUGCUCACAAGAGAUGUCAGCCUGCUAGUACUCCACUUUGGCGUAAUGGACCUCCAGAGAAGCCAAUACUGUGUAACGCCUGUGGAUCUCGGUGGAGAACAAAAGGGACCUUGGCAAACUAUACUCCUCUGCAUGCAAGAGCAGAACCUUGUGACUUUGAGGAACACAGGGUUUCUCGGUUCAAAAACAUGUCUAUGAAGAACAAAGAGGCAAAGAUUCUGAAACGGAAACAAAGUUAUGAUAAUGCUGAAGUUGGAACUCCUCCUGAUUAUAAUCUAGGUUUCCGUAAGGGUUUAGAUGAAGAUACUAGCAAUAGGUCAAGUUCUGGCUCUGCUGUCUCAAACUCCGAGAGCUGUGUGCAAUUUGGUAGUGCUGAAGCAAGUGAUUUGACAGGUCCAGCGCAAUCCAAUAUAUGGGAUACAACUGUGCCUUCAAGGAAGAGAACCUGUUUCAAUCGUCCAAAGCCAUCUUCAGUCGAAAAGCUCACCAAAGACCUAUAUACCAUCUUACAUGAACAACAAAGUUCAUACUUGUCUGCAUCCUCUGAAGAGGAGUUGCUUUUUGAGAGUGACAAGCCUAUGGUUUCUGUUGAGAUAGGACACGGAAGUGUACUAAUUCGGCAUCCUAAUUCAAUAGGUAGAGAAGAAGAAUCAGAAGCCAGCUCUCUUUCCGUUGACAACAAGAACCGUUCUGUCAGUGAUGCUUAUUCACGAUUGACUACCCCUCCUGUAAAUAUUAGUAAGGUUGUCAAUUCACCAAAUAUGGGUACGGAGAGAACCAAGAAGCCUACUGGUCCAGCAUUGGAACAAGACCAGUUUAAAAGAAACAAAGAUCACCUUGAAAAGCUACAAAUUCUUGGACAUCAUAGUUCACCCCUUCGCUAUAUAGACCUGAAGGAUGUACUUAAUUAUGAAGAAUUCAUGAAUCAUUUGUCAAGUGAUGAACAGAAGCAGCUACUGAAGUACUUACCACCUGUCGAUUCUUUUGCGCCUCCAGAUAGUCUUAGAAGUGUGUUUGAGAGCUCUCAAUUCGAGGAGAACCUCUCUUCCUUCCAGAAACUUCUUGCAGAAGGUGUUUUUGAUAAUUCAUUGCCAGGAGUGAAAUUAGAAGAUUGUAGAACUUUGAAGAGACUUAUAUUGUGCUAUUUAGCAAAGUCGAAGUGGGUGCAACAAUAUAAUUUACUCAAGGAAACAAAGUGUAAGAAUAGUAGCAGCGCUUCUGAAGUUGCCGGAGAGCCAAAUGUUGUUGGCACAUGUCAUUCAGCGAAUGUGAAGAAACCAAGGGAGGGGCAACAUCCAAAGUGUUCGGGUGCAAAGACGACAAUGAAGAGCCCCAAGAGGGUGGUGAUGAAAAGCAUCUAUGAGCAGAAGGAACUAAUAGACAACGAUGGCUCUUGCUUCAGUCCAAGAAGCUCGUUCGCCUUGCCUUCUGAGAAUAGUUCCCUCGUGCUGGAUUCUUUCCGUUCUGCAAAUGAAAACUCCCAUCAGGACUUGCUGCUUGACGUGCCAUCCAAUAGCUACUUCCCUCAGGCGGAACUACUCUUACCUACAUCAAGUUUUACUACUCAAGCAAGUACUAGUAGUAGCUCAAUGUACCCUCCACAUCUCGUCCGUCCCUAACAAUACCAUCAUACUUUGCUCGCUUUUUUUUAGGAUAUCGAAAAGCUAGUUAAAAGCCAAACAAUAUGGUAGUGUUGCAUAUCCCAUGCAAACGUUAUAGAUGGAAUUUGUCAAAGGGGUUCGGAUGGUUGCCUUUUACCUUUUCGCGGUUGAUCUAUAUUGAAACCGGAAUUUUUUGGAUUUACCAUAUGGAUAUGGUUGUUUUCCCCUUGAUGAACACUGUAUAAUAUUAGUUGAAAAUGCCAGAGGUUGUAUUGAGUGGCUAAAAAUAUUGUAUGCAAUGAAAUGUUUGGCUUAAUUGUGGACAUACUUCUAUGUAUUAGUUCUAUU